UCUGGGGGAUGAGUAGUUUUGAAAACAAGUCGUGUGUGGUGUUGUGAUACCGUGUGAUAUUUUUUAAUAGUAUUUGCGGAAGAUGGACUCACUGAGAGAACAAGUGAUGAUAAAUCAAUUCGUAUUAGCUGCAGGUUGUGCAAGAGAGCAAGCGAAACAGUUGCUACAAGCCGCACAUUGGCAAUUUGAGACGGCCCUAAGUAUAUUUUUCCAAGAAGCAGCCAUCUCUAGUUCCCCGCAGGGUCCAGGAACGCAUUUUGGACAGGUAUGCACACCAUGUAAUACACCAGCUACACCACCAAACUUUCCUGAUGCACUCUUGGCUUUUUCAAGGAUGUCAACAGGUGGAGAAAAACUCAGUUCUUCACCAUCAGGAGUGUUCUCCACAUCACCCAACCAGAACACACAGCAGCAGCAGCAGCCACAGCCACAACAUCCCAUGGGACUGCAGUGUCAACCUGGCCAGCAAAGCAAUGGGCUUAGUGUAGGGGUUGGUCUGGGUGUUGAGCUGCAGAGAUAAACACAUUGAGAGUACUCCAGUUUAAAUUGUAACUAAAGAAAGGAACAAGAGAAAUGCUGCUUCUGGGCUAGCAUUGUUCAUCCACUGCGUAUGGCAGGGCCGUAACCAUCGUUUUUAAGAGCUAUGAGUUCAUCCCCUCCGGCAGAAAAUACACCCCAUUGCAAUGGGAGUUAGUGCAAGGAUGUUACAUAAUUAAUGAAGGAAUGUCUUUUUCCUUUCUUUCUUUUUUAGAUAUUUACAUCAUAAUCUUUUGACAGUUUUCUGUCCCUUCUUCAACUAACAGUUGUUAUGUUGCAAUGAUGUUGAGAGGUUAGACAAUAAUAGAUGAUGUAGUGUUUGUGUACACACAGUUUGAUGAUUCCUUAUGCGAAGGAUGUGCAGCGCAUUGCGUAUCAUGUGUAUGUGUAGUCAUAAGUGUGUGUGUAAUGUAUGAGUGAUAGUUUGUGUGAAUGACAUAAUCAAGUCAUAUGACGAUUAUCAUGUAUUGUCAACAUCAUGGCAGUAUUUGAACCAUGUUCCUGUUACUGCCAACCGUAUCUAUGUGAGUUCCCUCACUAUGAACACCUGUUGUUUGACGUGUACAGUGUUCAAUUUUAUGUCUUAACAAUAAGAAUUGUAUAGACUGUAGGUUCAUUUUUUUAUUGUUGUUACUUUAUAUCUCCUAACAUGAAGAUAGUCAUGUUGUAUAUUUGUCGGUAUUCCUAUUUUCAAAAAUCGUGUAAAUAAUAUUGGAUAUUGUUGAAAGUAAAAUAUACCUGUGACAGUUCUGUUGAUCUAAUAUAAGUUUUGAGAGUACAAGAUUGGAAGAGAAUAUGCAUAUGGUAUACUAUAUUGUAUGUCACAUUUCAUGCUAGUAAUAAUGUAAAUAUGUAUUAUAGAUUUUUAACCUUUUUGAUGUGCAUCAUCUACCUGCGCUUGAUUAUGUUGCCGCAGUUGUGAGAAGUUGAAGCAGUGUUGAUUAUGAGGGUUAUCCAUUAUGUUGUGAUCAUUGUAAGGUCCAUGGAGAAAUGAAACUAUAGAUGAAAUUAUGUUCUUUAA